AUGGCCAGAUACUCAUCAUUGGAUACCGACAGGAAGGAGGAGGCCCCCACCACCAUCCAAGACUUGACUUAUUGGCCAAAUAUCAACACAGUUGAUAGGAACCGUACCCAGCUGGGCAGAGAAAACGCAACUUUAUACAUGCUUGUCCGGAAUUCUGAGUUACACGAAGCACUCGCCUCAAUGCGGGAGCUAGAGGAUAGAUUUAAUCACAAGCACCACUACCCGUGGGUUUUCUUGAACGACGACGAGUUCACAGAUGAGUUCAAACUGCUAACGACGGGAAUGGCUUCAGGAAAAACACAUUAUGGUUUCAUUGAUCCAAAUGUAUGGAACAUUCCACCGCAUACAAACAUCACGAAGAUGCUAGAAUGCGUUCAAGAUUUCACGGCGAGGGGUAUAAUCUAUGGGGAUUCAAUAUCUUACCGCAAUAUGUGCAGAUUUAACUCAGGGAGCUUCUUUAAGCAUCCGCUCCUGCUAGAAUACGACUGGUACUGGAGAGUAGAGCCUGGUGUACACUUCUACUGUGAUCAAAGAUACGAUCCUUUUACUUUUAUGCGUGAGAACAACAAAGUGUAUGGGUUUGUUGUAACCAUAAGGGAAUACCCGGAAACAAUUCCUACAUUAUGGAAAACAGCGAAAGAGUUUUUUGAUCAGCAUCCGGACUAUAUUGCAGCAGACAACGCUCUAGACUUUGCAACAACGACUGAGAAACUUUCUAGCGAUGAAGCAGACAUUGAUCCUACUUUGGGGUACAAUAUGUGUCAUUUCUGGAGCAAUUUUGAGAUUGGAAACCUGAAUUUUUUCAGGAACAACAAGUAUUCUGAGUACUUCGAACAUCUCGACAAAUCCAAUGGGUUUUACUACGAACGAUGGGGCGAUGCACCUGUUCAUACGCUAGGGCUACUUGCGUUUGCAAAUAGGUCACAGAUCCAUCAUUUUUCAGAUAUUGGAUACUAUCACUUACCAUUCCAUCGAUGUCCACACGACGAUGCAUCUUACUCAACUGGACGCUGUCUGUGUCCGACAAAUCACAACGAGCUUGUCGACUUUCAGCCUUUUUCUUGUCUUCAGCGAUGGUGGCAUUACGGGGGCCGUCAAUUCCUUUUCAAUUUUAACAACGAAAAAGCAAACGUCUGGGAUUGA